AUGGAGAGAUUACAGCGAAUCUUCGGCGCCGGCGGCGGAUUAGGCCACGCAUCUCCAGACUCUCCCACUCUCGACACCUCGGAGCAAGUUUACAUCUCCUCUCUCGCCCUCCUCAAGAUGCUCAAACACGGAAGAGCUGGAGUACCUAUGGAGGUUAUGGGAUUGAUGCUUGGGGAGUUUGUGGAUGAGUACACUGUGAGAGUUGUGGAUGUGUUUGCUAUGCCUCAGAGUGGGACUGGAGUUAGUGUUGAAGCUGUUGAUCAUGUUUUCCAGACUAAUAUGCUUGACAUGCUUAAACAGACUGGAAGACCUGAAAUGGUGGUGGGUUGGUAUCAUUCACAUCCUGGGUUUGGAUGCUGGCUUUCUGGUGUUGAUAUCAAUACUCAACAGAGUUUUGAAGCUUUGAACCAGCGAGCUGUAGCUGUGGUGGUUGAUCCGAUUCAAAGUGUGAAGGGCAAAGUGGUGAUUGAUGCCUUCCGCUCGAUUAACCCGCAGACCAUUAUGCUUGGGCAAGAGCCUCGUCAGACAACGUCCAACCUUGGCCACCUGAACAAGCCAUCGAUCCAGGCGUUGAUUCAUGGUUUGAACAGACACUAUUACUCAAUAGCCAUCAACUACAGGAAGAACGAGCUCGAGGAGAAGAUGUUACUAAACCUCCACAAGAAGAAAUGGACAGACGGUCUGACUCUAAGACGCUUUGACACUCACUCCAAGACUAACGAACAGACAGUGCAGGAAAUGUUGAGCUUGGCUGCUAAAUAUAACAAGGCUGUACAAGAGGAAGAUGAGUUGUCACCAGAGAAACUGGCGAUCGUGAAUGUGGGAAGACAAGACGCAAAGAAGCAUCUGGAAGAACAUGUUUCCAACUUGAUGUCUUCCAACAUUGUUCAGACACUAGGCACCAUGCUUGACACUGUUGUGUUCUAG